GAUUUGGAAAGGGCCUAAAACGGGCGGGUUGCCCGACAGGAAUCGGGGACGAUGCCUGUCAUUCUUUCGCUAUUAGCCAAUUGAUUCUCCGGCUCCGGCUCCUCUCCAUCAUCGAUCAUCUUUUCCGCCAUGGCUACGAGGAAGCUAUCGCUAUCGAAGCUUCUCCGCUGCCGAAAUCACACUCUUCAUAUAAUUACUUCUUCAAUUUCCUCAUCACCUAGUCUUAGUUCCCCUUCUUAUUCAAUCGAACCCCGCCGUUCCUCUAAUGUAUUCGAUCGGUAUUUAGCUACACACGACUUCCAUAGACACGGUGAUGGUGGUGGAUUUUUGAGACCGUAUAAGUUCUCAUUAGCAUCAUCAUCUUAUCGUUCCUUUUCAACUGAUAGAGAAAAGGCCACAGAUGGUCCCGCGAGUGAAGAGCUAUCUGGGCCAGGAUUUUUUGAUUACAACUAUGAUGGUGGAGGUGAUUGGGGAAUUCCCGGUGAGGUUAGGGAUGCGGCUGGCAGUGACGAGGAGGCAAUUCUUCCGGUUCGCUGCUUGGUUUGGUUCCUGGAUAAAGUUCAUGAUCUCACCGGCAUGCCUUGGUGGAUGGUUAUCAUCAUCUCCACACUAGCUCUAAGAGCUGCUAUACUUCCCGUGCUUCUGGUGCAACUCCAGAAGUUGAAGAUUAAUGCAGAAUUAGCACCAAAAUUGCCUCCCCCGUUACCACCACCUUUCUCAGGAAAGAGUUGGAUAAAGCAGUACAAACACUUUCGGGAGAAAAGGAAAGAAAUUGGCUGCCCUUCAUUUUUAUGGGUCUUAGCAUAUCCCUCUGUUCAGAUUCCUUGCUUUCUCUUGGGAACAACAAGUGUCCGACGAAUGGCACUGGAUCAUCAUUCAGGCUUUGAAACUGGGGGCACUCUUUGGUUCCAGAAUCUGACUGAAGUGUCACAUGGUGCUUCAGGCUACAUCUUUCCCGUGUUGUUAGCUUCACUGCAUCUUGUCAAUGUUAAGGUUUCAUUUGAGAAGUCUUCUCUGACGAUGCUCCCCAAUAUAUUUGGCGUUUUAGCAAAGUAUUACAGGUUCUACUUGCAGUGUCUCACAAUUCCUAUAUUUUUUGUUGGAUUUUAUCUUCCCCAGGGAAGUUUGCUAUAUUGGGCAGCUAGCAGCUCCCUAACCCUUGUUCAGCAAUUAGCUUUGAAGCAUCCACACAUUCGCGAAAAAUUAGGAUUACCCGACAAAUCAGCUCUUCCAUUGGAAUCAAAAAAGGCUCAUGAAAUGGAUGGACUAGAAGCCACAUUUAGUGUCCCUUUGGUUAAAAAACCUAUUCAAGAGUUGUCACUGCUAGAACUUUUUAAUCUUUCGAUUAAACACCUAUCCAAGGGGGAAAAAGAUAGAGCAGUAACACUUCUAAGACUAGCACUUGAAAAGGAGCCUGAGUAUGCGAGAGCAUUGAUCGUUAUGGGGCAGAUAUUAAUGAAAGAUGAAAAUUUAGUUGAAGCUACUGACUACUUGGAACGUGCUGUCACCAAACUUCUUCUUGUGGGUCAUCCAACAGAAGUUGAAGAUAUUGAUCAUUUGAUUCUGGCAUGUACAUGGUUAGGUGUGGCCCUUGCAAAGCAGGGUAAAGUUGUAGAAGGAAUUGUACAUUUGGAAAGAAUAGCAAAUAUGAAAGAGCCAGAGGACCCCAAGAGCAAAACUCAUUAUUGUGAUGCCUUGUUUAUGCUUUCAAGUUCUUUGGCAAGCAUAGGACGAGAUGAUGAGGCAGCAAAGUAUUUGCGGAUCUUAACAACUUAUGAUCCAGCUUAUGCUAAAUACUUGAAAGAUGUUGAAAAAACUGAAAACAACAAUUUUGCAGAUGAUCUUGUGAAUACCAGGAGAAAAGAUUACUGACACCAUAUCAUAAUCCUAUCUUACCAAACAUUUUUUUUUUUUUUUUUUUUACAA